AUGGAUGGGAUUGGACUUCGAUAUGUGGGCUCUCAUUGCUCAAUGUCUGAGAUGGAUGAGCAUGAUUUUUCUCGAUUUCACGAUAAGCCUAAGCUCAAUAUUGAGAGGCAAAGAUCAUUUGAUGAGAGGUCCCUCAGCGAGCUGUCCAUCAUCCUUGCUAAGGGAGGCUUGGACAACUUUGAGAGCUCCUAUUCACCUGGUGGAAGGUCAGGAUUUGAUACCCCAGCUUCAUCUACCAGAAACUCAUUUGAGCCCCACCCAAUGAUUGCUGAAGCAUGGGACUCUUUGCGGAGAUCCUUGGUGCAUUUUCGGGGCCAACCAGUUGGAACUCUUGCAGCUAUUGAUCAUGCCUCAGAGGAAGUUUUGAAUUAUGAUCAGGUUUUUGUUCGGGAUUUUGUACCAAGUGCUUUGGCUUUCCUGAUGAAUGGGGAACCUGAAAUUGUGAAGAACUUCCUGUUAAAGACUCUGCAGCUUCAGGGAUGGGAAAAAAGAAUAGACAGAUUCAAGCUUGGGGAAGGUGCAAUGCCAGCUAGCUUUAAGGUUCUUCAUGAUCCUGUUAGAAAAACCGAUACCAUUGUUGCUGAUUUUGGAGAGAGUGCGAUAGGAAGAGUUGCUCCUGUUGACUCUGGAUUCUGGUGGAUCAUUCUGCUCCGUGCUUAUACAAAGUCAACUGGGGAUCUAACUCUGGCUGAAACACCAGAGUGUCAGAAGGGAAUGAGACUUAUUUUAACUUUAUGUCUGUCGGAGGGGUUUGAUACAUUCCCAACUCUACUUUGUGCUGAUGGUUGCUCCAUGAUUGACCGAAGGAUGGGUAUAUAUGGUUAUCCUAUAGAAAUUCAAGCCCUUUUCUUUAUGGCCUUGAGAUGUGCUCUGGCUAUGCUAAAACAUGAUGCUGAAGGAAAAGAGUGCAUAGAGCGUAUUGUGAAGCGUCUGCAUGCUUUAAGUUAUCACAUGAGGAGUUAUUUCUGGCUUGAUUUCCAGCAACUAAAUGACAUCUACCGUUAUAAAACAGAAGAAUAUUCACAUACAGCUGUAAAUAAGUUUAAUGUCAUCCCUGAUUCUAUCCCAGAUUGGGUGUUUGAUUUUAUGCCGACACGUGGUGGGUAUUUUGUUGGUAACGUUAGUCCUGCAAGAAUGGAUUUCAGAUGGUUUACUUUAGGUAAUUGUGUUGCAAUUCUAUCAUCUCUUGCCACCCCUGAGCAAUCAAUGGCUAUUAUGGAUCUUAUUGAAGCACGCUGGGAGGAGCUGGUUGGAGAAAUGCCUUUGAAAAUAUCAUAUCCUGCUAUAGAAAGCCAUGAGUGGCGAAUUACUACUGGUUGUGAUCCCAAGAAUACCAGGUGGAGCUACCAUAAUGGUGGAUCUUGGCCAGUGCUACUAUGGCUGCUAACAGCCGCUUGCAUUAAAACCGGACGACCACAGAUUGCUAGAAGAGCCAUCGAGCUUGCCGAGAGUCGUUUGCUGAAGGAUAGUUGGCCUGAAUACUAUGAUGGAAAGUUAGGAAGAUACAUAGGAAAACAAGCAAGGAAAUACCAGACAUGGUCGAUAGCAGGAUACUUAGUUGCAAAGAUGAUGUUGGAAGAUCCAUCACAUUUGGGGAUGAUUUCACUUGAAGAGGACAGGCAAAUGAAACCACUGAUCAAGAGAUCAUCAUCAUGGACCUGCUGAAAACAGAGAGGCCAAAGGAAAAGAGUGAUAGCGAUCUUGCAGCAGCAAAAAUGACAACAGAGAGACAAGUUGAUAACUUUGUUUAACUCGCUAUCUCGAGAUUUGAUGGUCACUAUGAUCAUUGGGCAAUGUUGAUGGAAAAUUUUCUUAGAUCAAAGGAGUUCUUCAAUAUGGUGGAGACGGGUUAUGAGGACCUAAAGUUGAAGGACUUGAAGGUCAAGAACUACUUAUUCCAGUACGUUGAUUGGAUUAUCUUGGAAACGAUGCUUCAGAAGAAGACGUCCGAAGAGAUUUGAGAUUCAAUGAAGAGGAAGUACCAAGGCUCAACGAGAGUAAAACGUGCUCAACUUCAAGCAAUUAGAAGAUAAUUUGAAAUUCUCCAAAUGCAAAGGGGAGAACCAGUGAAUGAUUAGAUUGACAAGGUUAUCAGUCUUGCAAAUAAAAUGAGGAUGCAUGGUGAUUUAAUCACUGAUGUUGCAGUUGUAGAAAAGAUUUUGCGAUCUCUAACUUCAAAGUUUCAUUAUAUUGUAUGUUAUAUUGAAGAAGCA